AUGGUCACCGAAACCGGACAAAACGGCGUAACACCAUUACAUGUAGCAAGUCAUUAUGACAAUCAAGCAGUUGCAUUAAUGUUGCUUGACAAACAAGCAUCACCUCAUGCCACAGCAAAGAAUGGCCACACGCCUCUUCAUAUAGCGGCAAAAAAGAAUCAGGAAAGAGCYAGCGUGUUACCAAAUUUACUCGGUUGGCUUGAUUAUAUUUUGAUGGAUUUUGAAUUCAAUUUAUUGGUUUUAAUCCAACUCAACGGGUUUAGUGCUAACCGCGACCCGUGGCAUUCCGGUAACCGUUUGACGAGGAUMGUGACGACGGAGUUUCCGCAUUACUUUGCCAUCGUGUCCAGAGUCAAACAAGAGGUACACGCCAUCGGACCGGAAGGCGGCAUGGUUUCGUCGACGGUGGUGCCACAGGUGCAGGCGGUAUUCCCGCAGGGAGCGCUGACCAAACGUAUUAAAGUCGGCCUACAGGCCCAACCGAUCUCGUCCGAGCUGACGGCCAAAUUGUUGGGAAACCGAGUGGCAGUGUCACCAAUCGUCACUGUCGAACCGAGAAGGCGAAAGUUCCACAAGCCCAUCACGCUCACGUUGCCCCUGCCGCAGGCCUCUUCCAAGGGGAUGAUCAACCACUACACGGGCGAUGCGCCCACCCUCAGGCUUUUGUGCAGCAUCACAGGAGGAACGUCCAGAGCACAAUGGGAGGAUGUCACGGGCUCGACGCCUCUUACAUUUAUCAACGAUUGCGUAUCGUUCACAACAACUGUGUCGGCGCGAUUUUGGCUGAUGGACUGCCGAAACGUGGCUGACGCUUCGAAAAUGGCCACCGAAUUAUAUCGGGAGGCCAUUCACGUACCGUUUAUGGCCAAAUUCGUGGUGUUUGCUAAACGGACGGACACAAACGAAGCUCGAAUACGGUUGUUUUGCAUGACGGAUGAUAGAGAAGACAAGACCUUAGAACACAAAGAACAUUUCACCGAAGUUUCAAACAGUAGAGAUGUCGAGGUUCUGGAAGGCAAGCCUGUCUACGUCGAAUUUGCAGGAAAUCUCGUGCCAGUCACCAAGUCCGGCGAACAACUCAGACUAGUGGUGCGGGCGUUCAAAGAAAACCGACUACCAUUCACCAUGCGCGUGAAAGACCCCAGUGCCGAACCACGUUCGUGGACCAUCGUAAUGAAAGAACCAAAAGUUUCUAAAAACGAACCAGCACAGACGCCAGUUUGCGUUUUGCAAUUCGGAUUGCCCGAAAACAUUGUACACGAUACAGAUGUCGAUGGCGAUGAACAUUACAAUAAUUACACAUACACCCGCGAUUCGAACACCGAGUCACACAAACGUGCUGAACUGAGGAUAACCGAUAUCAGUAAUUUCGUGUCUGAAGAUUGGAUCAACCUGGCACACGAAUUGGGUUUCCAAUCAUCAGAUAUCGCUCAAAUUCAGAGAGAAUACCCAGAUAGUAACGGUCAACAGUGUAUGAGUAUGCUGAACUUGUGGAUGAACGAAAUAUCUGGUCAAGAUUCAGUCAUAGCUUUAGAAAGAGCUUUAAACAACAUAGGUAGAGUUGAUGUAGUGGAGAAGUGUAAUUUUGCGGAAAUCGGACACUAUCCUUCGCAAAAUGGAGUCUACACAGAAUCGGAAAAACACCAAAGCUAUCAAUCUUUGAACAACAAAUAUGCUGCCGAAGAGAAGGCUGUGAUCGAAGACGAAGUGACCAAAACCGUGACCGAAAGACGUAUGGAAAUCGAACAACGGUUGAACGGUGAACCUGUGGUCAUCGAAAAGAAAUAUGAACCAUUUACUAGCGCAGACGACGUGGUCCAAAUGACAUCCAUGCCCACGGACGUGUCCACUGUUGAACCGAUUGAACCUACCGAGGUGUCGUUCGAACACAAACGCAUGUCAUUCGAGAGGGGUGUGUCGAUCGAACAGGUGCUCCAAGAAGACAUCCCGAUUAAAGACAAAUCGGUCGCGUCGGAAGAUAAAAAGAUGGCGUCCAUCGACGAAAAAUCUAUCGACGUGGACGUGGACGUAGACGCAACGAGCCUGACGUUUCACGAAAAGAGAUUGUCGUUCGAGCAAGGCAUACCCGUCAAGGAAAUCAUACAGAAAAAGACGGAAGAUACUAUAUCCGUACCUGCAGGACACGGAAAAGAAUCGACGACGAUAGUUGAAACUGAAAAUUCGGUCGUUAAGAAGGAUACAACGACGGCAAAAGACGCAAAACUUUCUGAUUCAAAAUCAGAUCUAAAGCCUAGCAUUGAAUUUACUGAAGACACAAAUGAGCGAAUAAGACGCGAUUCUAUAUUGUUUGAAGAAGUUUCUCAAGGUUUAGUGAAAUUAGAUUCAACUGGAUCAAAAGUAGAAGACAAAACUGAACUACUAUCGCCUCAGUCAUCUAGAACUCCUCCACCUAGCCCUGCGGAAUUCAAAGACAUAGAGCAACAAAAUGAAUCUAAACAACGCCAGUCAGGAACCGUAUCUGAAAAAGAACCGCAAACAGUAUUAUGGUCACAGGACAAUGAUGACUUGUUGGACACUCAUGGUUUCGGUGAACAUCUCAACGGCAUUGAAACGCCAAAUUUAUCGAAGCCGAAAAAUCAUAAAUCGUUGGCGGACAUUGAUGAGGAAUUUGAGGAACGGUCGGUUGUAUUGCACCCAUUUUUUGAUCAACCAAAAAAAGACGUUUAUGAACAAGUACAGUUUAAAAAACAUCACGAUGACUCACCUGCAUUUGAUAGCCCAUUAACAGAUAAAAGUGUAUCUCAUCAUGAUACGGGAAUUAGUCUGACUAGAGAAUAUUCUGAUACUUUAACUAGUUCAGGACUAAAAACAAAACCUAAACAUACAGAUACAGCUUUUGACGAAGAAGCAGAACUGACUGAUAAUGGAUUAAGUCCAAUUCAACCGGAUGAUGUUGGACUUUCUGCAAAUGAAAUAAUAGAUAUAAAGAAGAAAAUUGGAAUGUAUGACACCGGAAAUAGCCCAAUAAUAUUUAUGGAAUCCAUAGCAUUAUCUCCUUUCGGAACAGUGACAAGUGACGUUGCUACUAUCACUGAUAAUGUUAAAAAAAUUGAUGUAGCAAAUAGUCCAAUAGAAUCAAAUAAAGUUCAAAGAAAUAUAGACACAACAGUAGACGUGAAAAAAAUGAUAAUGCAAUUGGAGAAAUCUGGUACAGUAACGGAAACUGUAACGUCCAAACAGUCACCAAAAAGAAAACAAUCAGUAAAAACAUUUAAAUCGGAAAUAAAACAUCCAGAAGAAAAUCAAACUAUACAUGUUGAUAUCGAAAAAAAACAUAAGCAAUGUGAUGCAAAUACAACUAAUAUACAAUCAAAACUAAACGAAGUAAUUAAAACAGAAAAAUGUGUGUUAGAGCAUUUAGAAAAGGUUGUAGAUACAUCAUCUAAAAAUAAUUUAGAGCUUGAAAGUAAAUUAUUGCAAAUUGUUAACGCCGAAACAAGCAUGUUGCAGAGCUUUGACAAAUUAAUUGACAAACACGAUAAAAGUGCUACAAAUUCGUGUCUGAAAAACGUAGAAAAAUAUAUCUUGUCAGCUGAGAAAGCUGAUGAAAAGUUAAAAAAAACAGACAUGACAAAUACAUUGCCAAACUUACAUAUGCAAUGUAGUGAAGAUAAAAUUGAAAAAAAAUAUGUAGACACCGGGUAUAAAAAAGAAGAAAGUAUUAUGGAGCCAAUUAAAGUCACAGGUAUUUCUGAAGAAUUAAAAAAAUUAAUAGACGAUGAUGAGAAAGAACAAGAAAGAAUGUAUAGAGUAUUACUGAAUGAAAGUUAUACUAACGAUGAUAAAUAUAUUAAUAAAACGCCAGUAGUUGAAGAAAUUAUAACUCCUAAACGUGUAAAACCAAUUACAAAAAAAGAUGAUGCCAUAUGUGAUUUACAAAAUAAUGAACUUUAUAAUAAAACUACCAAUGUCAUAGCUUCAUUACCACCAAUAAAAGAAAAAAUUAAUAAUACUAUUCAAACUACAGGUUUUAAAGAGAAUGAACGAUUAAAUGCAAAAAAAUAUAAAACUGAAAAUGAUGAGAUAUUAAAAAAAGAUAAAAACGACAAAAAUAAAAUAAUAUUUUAUGAAGAAGAUGAAGAAGACGAGUCAGAUAUUUUUGAAAAAUUUACUCGGGAGCAUUUGAAAAAGUCUUUAGACCUAUCACAAAAAAAUGAUAAUGAUAAAAAUGAGAACCCCAAGGAUAUAGAUUUUGAUAUAAUAGAUGACGAAGAAAAUGAAACGCACAACGCUAAAAAAGAUAAGCCAUUAUCUUUUAUACCUAAAACAAUAGAAAAAGGAUUGAAAGAUAUAACGAUGACACUAACAAGUAUUGUAAAAAAAAUGGAUGUAAAUGAUAUGUCAGGAAAGAAAACUGAGAGUGAGAGAGGUGAAAGAAUAAAUGAAAGUACAAAGCAAGUGAGUGGAGAAAUAGAGUCAAAUAAAAGUAAAAAUACUAAAAAUAAUAAUACUAAAAACGAUCUAAUGUCUAAUACAACACCACACACCCCAAUUUUAAAAAGAGAUUCAUUAAUAAAGAGUAAUAUUAAAAGUGAUAAUCUAAGAAAUGAGAGUAUAGAACAAAGUAAGUAUAAUAUAGAAAAAGAUACUAAAAAAGAACUAGAGAAAAAUGUUGAAAGGGGGGUUAAAGAACAAAUCAAGUUAACAACAGAUACUAAUAUAAAUCUUAAACCUGUAAAAUCGAAUUAUAACACCGAAAACGAAAUAAAUAAAAAUAAACUUAAAUCUGAAAAAACAAAUAUAUAUAAAAAUGACAAUACAGCCAUAAACAUAGACGAAACUAUAACAACGACUUCAAUAGAAAUUAAAUCAAUACCAACCAACGUAGAAUCAUUAGUAACAAAUUUAUCUAUAAAGUCUGAAGUAAAACCAAUUAUAAAAGAAAAUCAGAGAAAAAUACUACACAAAGAUAAA